GCCUCGGCCCCGCCCCUGCCCUGAGCGCCUGCCAAUCAGCGGAGCGGGAAGCCGGAUUGGCCGAGGCGAGGCCGUUGCCCGGGAGCCGCCGCCCCGCCCCCCGCCCGCUCCUCCCCCCCCCCGCCCCCCCCAGGGCCCUGGGAAGGGGCGCAGCGUGGGAAAGGGAUGGUUGAGUUUUAACCGGAGGCAGGGCGUGAGCGGGAUCAGUGUGUGCGGAACGCGAGCAGCCGAGCGCGGAGAGGCGCCGCUGCUGUUAACUCCUCCCUGCCCGCCGCGCCGACCCUCCCCCGGAGUCCCCGCGCAGCCAGCAUGAAGCGAGCCCACCCCGAGUACAGCUCCUCGGAUAGCGAGCUGGACGAGACCAUCGAGGUGGAAAAGGAGAGUGCGGAUGAGAAUGGAAACUUGAGUUCGGCUCUAGGUUCCAUGUCCCCAACGACAUCUUCACAGAUCUUGGCCAGGAAAAGACGGAGAGGCAUCAUUGAGAAGCGCCGAAGAGACCGGAUCAAUAACAGUUUAUCAGAGCUGAGGAGGCUGGUACCCAGCGCUUUUGAGAAGCAGGGAUCUGCUAAGCUAGAAAAAGCCGAGAUCCUGCAGAUGACCGUGGAUCACCUGAAAAUGCUGCAUACUGCCGGAGGGAAAGGCUAUUUUGACGCGCACGCCCUGGCUAUGGACUAUCGGAGUUUGGGGUUUCGGGAAUGCCUGGCGGAAGUUGCCCGUUACCUGAGCAUCAUUGAAGGACUAGAUGCCUCUGACCCUCUUCGAGUUCGUCUGGUCUCGCAUCUUAACAACUACGCCUCCCAGCGGGAAGCGGCGAGCGGCGCCCACGCAGGCCUUGGACACAUUCCCUGGGGGAGCGCCUUCGGACAUCACCCGCACGUCGCGCACCCCCUGUUGCUGCCCCAGAACGGCCACGGGAACACUGGUACCACGGCCUCGCCCACGGAACCGCAUCACCAGGGCAGGUUGGCUUCGGCACAUCCCGAGGCGCCUGCCUUGCGAGCGCCCCCUGGCGGCGGCCUUGGACCGGUGCUCCCCGUGGUCACCUCCACCUCCAAACUCUCGCCGCCUCUGCUCUCGUCGGUGGCCUCCCUCUCCGCCUUCCCCUUCUCAUUUGGCUCCUUCCACUUACUGUCUCCCAAUGCACUGAGCCCUUCGGCACCCACGCAGGCAGCAAACCUUGGCAAGCCCUAUAGACCUUGGGGCACGGAGAUCGGAGCUUUUUAAAGAACUGAUGCUGUAGAAUGGGGGAGGGGAAAGCUUAAAAUCCCAGCUGAGCUGGGGGCUCUUGCCAACAUCACCUUAAAGUCGUCAGUAAAAGUAAAAAGAAAAAAGGUACACUUUCAGAUAACUUGUGUUGAAAGACUAAAGGUUUGUUGGUUUACUUUUUCUUUUUUAAUGUUUUUUAAUCAUGUCAUGUAUUAGCAGUUUUUAAAAACUAGUUGUUAAAUUUCGUUCCAGACGUUAAGUCGAAAUAGUCGGUAUAAACCAACACUCGGUGAUAGGUUUGUACUGUCCCGAAUUUAAUUUGUAAACUUAUCUGUCUAAGGAUGAUUCCAUUUUUGCCUCAAAGUUUUGGGAAUUUUAACAUUUAGUAUUUUUGGUCUGUUUUUCUCCUUGUAUAGUUACAGUCUGUUUUUAGAAUUAAUUUUCCAAACCACUAUGCUCAGUGUUAACGUGAUGCUACUUGUUAAUAUUUUGACAAUUAAGGUGUUGUAUAAAUAAUAUUCUUUUUGGGGGGGAACUAUAAUGAAUUUUAUAUUUCUGAACAAAGCGUUGACAAAUCAGAUGAUCAGCUUUAUCCAAGAAAGAAGACUAGUUAAUUCUCUGCCUCCUACAGCAGUAAGGUGAAUGUAGAAACCAUCAGGGGCCGUGAAUCCAUAUGACUGACUGCUGUCACCUGCCAGGACUCACAGUGCUGGCUUAGUUAGGAGACAGCCAUUUGUAGGUUAGGUCCCCAGGUGGAGCUGGCAGUGGGAGACUGAAGAUGAUUACAGAGAAUAUGCCUGCAUUUACCAGUCCCAAGCAAUGCAAUGAAUUUUUAAUCUCACGGGGUCUCAAGUUCACAGACGUUAACAUGGCCGAGUGAUCCCGUGUGCUGCAGUGGUCAAUCGAAGAGUCCAGUGGAACUCGUGAAAUGCAUAAGCUCAUUCUUCCUGCAACUGCCAUGUUUUCUUUUAACUGGAAAUUUUCAUGUUGUGUUUUCCUUUUUGGUGCAUGGAUACGUGGUCGUUGACAUAUUUAAAAGGGCUUUGCUGCCUUCUUUUGGGUUUAUUUAAUUCGAUUCGGGCUGUAAAUGCGUCACUUUACAGCUUUGUUCCUUUGGCAGGUGUAGUCCAAACGGCCGCCACUGAACUGGGCUUGACCUCUGUUGUACUGAUGUGUUGUGACUAAAUAAAAAAGAAAGAACAAACUA